UAAGAUACCUUCAUUUUCAAUGAUUGUCUACUUAAGAUUUUAAUUAUGAUUGAUAAACAUGAGUAAAGAUACGAAACAUAUUCUAUAAUUUGUCACAUAACCGUCGCUACCAAUAACUAGUCGCUCCCAGUAGGCCGGCAAUUUGCGUCAUGUGAGACGCACAACAGUUUAAGGAUGAGCUAGCACUAAAGGUUGGCGGCCACAGUAAAGAAGAAAAUCACGGAGAAGCUUACAGGAAGAGAUUAGUACCGAACCACCCAAAAGUCUGUCCAACCAAGGAACCCUUUGACAGAGACAUCGAUCCCCUCGCGAGGCGACGGCCGAAUCCCCAAAAUGGCCACGGGAAACCUAUGCACGGUGGAGAAGCGCGGCCGCGUGCACCUCAUCACCAUCACCGGCGCCGGCGACCACCGCCUCGGCCCACCCCUCCUCUCGGCCCUCCGCUCCGCCGUGGCCGCCGUCCGCGCCUCCUCGGGCGCCGGCGCGCUCGUCAUCGCCGCCGAGGGCAAGUACUUCUCCAACGGCUUCGACCAGGCCUGGGCGCGCACCGUCCCGCGCCGCCUCCAGACCUCCAUGAGCGAGGCCUUCCGGGGCCUCGUGGCCGACCUCCUGGCGCUGCCCAUGCCCACGGUGGCCGCCGUCACGGGCCACGCCGCCGCCGCCGGCUGCGCGCUGGCGCUCGCGCACGACGCCGCCGUCAUGCGCGCGUCCCGCGGGUUCCUGUACAUGAGCGAGGUCGACGCCGGGAUUAAGAUCGUGGACUACUUCGCGGAGCUGCUCCGGCAGAAGGUCCCCGACGCGGCGACCCGGAGGGACAUGGUCCUGAGGGGGGACAAGAUGACGGCGGCGGAGGCGGUGCGGCGCGGCGUGGUGGACGCCGCGGCGGACGGCGGCGUGGAAGACGUGGUGGACGCGGCCGUCGCGGCGGCCGAGGCGCUCGCGGCGAGAGGGUGGGACGGUGAGGUCGUGGCCGAGAUCAGGAAGGCCAUGUGGCCCGCCGUCUGGGACAAGGUGAAGGACUACGGCGCCGAGGCGGCGGCCGCGCGGCCGCGGCUCUAGCCUCUCUGUUCCGGCUUGCCGAUCACUCCCCUGGUGCAGUCUAGGUGUGGCCUGAUAUAUAUUGCUCUGUAUUUACAGCAUGUUGUAGAUCGAGCUGGGAAUUCUACUUAGGAACAGAAUGGGAUUGCUCGAGACAGGAACUAAGUAAAGAUCACAGGUUAUUUCCUAUGGCUAUGGGGCAUUAGCUAGUGUGAUGUAACGUUCUAUUUGGUACCCAAUUGCCGUGAACAUUCGGAGGACAUUAGCAUU